AUUGCCCUGGACUCUCCUUCACCACUACCUCUCAAUCUUAUUCUAGCUUCUUCAACACAUUCUCAUUCAUAUACUCAAAAAACACCCUUCACUUCACUUAACAAUUUUCCAAAAUGCCAAACCCAACAACAACGACAAAAAAACCAUCUCCUCUCUCUCUUCUCGCUCUUCACACAUUGCACUUCUUGGUCCUAUGUACCUGGUUCUCCACAUCCUCAGCCAAAGCAACCUCCUACAACGUGGUGGACUUCGGGGCCAAACCCGACGGCGCGACGGACGCAACCGCGGCAUUCCUAAGCGCGUGGAACAAAGCUUGUAGUUCGAACAAACCCGCAGGCAUUCACGUGCCGCAAGGGAGGUUCCUGAUAGCACGUGCCGUUACGUUCCAUGGGCAAUGUGCGAACCGUGCUAUCUCCAUAACCAUUCGUGGAACCUUGGUGGCUCCUUCCCAAUACACGUUCGUGGGGAAUUCUUUGUAUUGGUUGACCUUUGACCAAGUUAGUGGGGUUUCCAUUCAUGGUGGGGUGCUUGAUGCCCGAGGCAGUUUCUUGUGGGAUUGCAAGUACAAAGCCACCCCUAAUUGCCCUAUUGGAGCUGCGACACUUGGGUUCACAAACUCUGAACACAUUGUCAUCACUGGGUUGACUUCUCUUAAUAGUCAACUGGUUCACAUACUGAUCAAUGCAUGCCACAACGUGAAAAUGCAUGGAGUGAAGCUCAUGGCUGAUGGAAACAGCCCUAACACCGAUGGCAUCCACGUCAAAUUCUCCACCGAUGUCACCAUCCUUGCACCUAGAAUUCGAACUGGAGAUGAUUGCAUCUCUGUUGGCCCUGGUUGUAGAAACUUGUGGGUUGAAGAUGUUGCAUGCGGACCUGGUCAUGGGAUAAGCAUUGGAAGCUUAGGAUGGGACUUGGACGAACCUGGUGUGAAAAAUGUGACAGUUAGAAAAGCCACAUUCUCUAAAACUCAAAAUGGUUUUAGAAUAAAGUCUUGGGGGAGGCCAAGCAGUGGAUUUGUGGAGGAUGUCCAUUUUGAACAUGCAACAAUGUCUGAUGUCCAAAACCCCAUUAUAAUUGACCAACAUUAUUGCCCAUUUCGCAAUGGUUGCCCUAGUCAGGCCUCUGGGGUGAAGAUAAGUGAUAUUUCAUACAAAGACAUUCAUGGAACAUCUGCAACGCAAGUUGCUGUGAAAUUUGAUUGUAGUUCUGAGCAGCCAUGCGAAAGAAUAACGUUGGAGGAUAUUAGAUUCACUUACAAGAUCAACAAAGCUCCCCAAGCUUUGUGUAAUCACGCUGGUGGAACCACAUUGGGUAUAGUUCAACCGGUGAGUUGCUUCUAGGGCAAAUGUUAGAUAUGGCUCUGAAAUCUGAAAUCUGGAGACAAAACUAUAUCAUUUGCUAAAAUUAAGAUAUAUUGAUUAUGUGAGAAUGUCAGUAACAUAUUUUUUAACAUUCAUAUUUGCACAUUAUUGGUUGAAAUUUAUUAGAAUUUUUUUUUAGGUUUCA